UUAUUUGUUAUGACCCGUGCACAAUCGCCUGCAUAAUCGCCUGCAUAUUAUUUAGAGGUCAUUUCGGCAUAUUGAACUCAACUCCACGCACAACAUAGGAAGAAACGCUGAAAAUAAUUGAUUUUCGUAUUAUUUCUGUACAAGUAACCAGGACAGGGAGGUCAUCUUCUACUUCUUCUAGAAUUUAUUCGGAAUAUCUGUUUCAUUAUCAACGCAAUAUGCACAAAUCGUACCAGUCUAUUUUACCGAGCCACAACCGACUGCUACAGCAGAGGUGGGAUCAGAAAUAUUACGAUGAACACAGACAGAAGGUUAAAGAAGCUAGACCAAUGGUCGACACCAAACCGCCAACAACAUAUGUCCAUCUUCAUCUUAAACUCAAGAAAUUACAGUUGGAGGAGGAGCGUUUAGCUGUGAUUGAGAGAGAUAACAGAAUCCUCCUGGAGAAGAUGUCUGUCAUCAUGAGAACGAGAGGAAGAGUAGAUAACAGGAAUAAUUACAUUCAUAGAAGUCUCAACCGUGAGAAGCGUCAACGAGAGCUGCUCCGGGUGACCAGGGAGAACCAGGAGAUACUCCGGAGGAUCCUGGCGAGGGAGCCAGAAUACAACCAUCUGGAGUGGGACAGACAGUGGGAGGAGAAUGAGCAGUUCAUGGAUAACAUUGCCAGGUACCCCAGGAACUGGUGGGAGCUGGAGCAGGAGGAGAUACAGAAGCGCAAGGAGGAGCAGAGAGAGAUGAAAAAGAAAGAAAAAUCAGAUUUGGAUGAAGAGGAGAACCCUAGGAAGAAACCAGUGAAGAAGCAAACGGAGGAGGACGAGCAGGAGGAGGAGGACAAGGAGGAAGACAAGGAGGAAAAGGAGGAGGAAAAAGAAGAGGAAAUCGCCCAAGAAGAACAAAAUGAUAUACAAGAAGAGGAAAAAGAAGAGAAGGAACCAGAAGAGAAGGAAGCAGAGCAGAUGGCAGAAUGAAAGUCACCUUCAGAGCAAUCAAGGUCACCUUCAGCAACCUGCAAGUCACUUUCACAACCCUUGUAGUAGGUAACCUGCAGUUAUCUUUAAGAACGUUGUUAUAUCAGGCAGGAACUGAUAAUUUCUAUUGUUAUUCUCCACCAUUACAGUAUGCCGACUAUGCUUUUGAAGGAAGAGUUCGCGAAGGAAGAAAGAUGAUGUACAUUCCGAAAAGUGGCAGUGCCACAGAGCAUUUUGGGAUGUUAUGGUCACAGCUUUCACAAGAUAAAUGUAGUGUGAGCUCUUGUACAAGUACAAAUCAUUACUCUAGAGCCAAAAGGGCAUUGAAUGGGUUUGGAAUGAUAAGAUGACAUCAUUUGUUGACAGCCAGAAGGCUGUUAACUCAUAUAAUUUUACAUUGAGUUUAAGUCCUUUCGGGCUGUCAACAGAUAAAAAGCAUUUUCAAAAUGAAUAUCAUAUGGAUAUAUUAGAUGUGUGCUCUUGUAUUAUCUCUAAUUUAUUACUGUAGCUAUCAAAAUUGUCUGAACAUCAGGUCUGGGGAGAUAUGUCUCAAAUCCAUACUAGUGUA